AUGUACCCGUGCCUUUCGGAAUUUCCAUCAAACAUGUUCUAUGAAGGUACCCUGCAGAACGGUGUCACGGCUCCUGAACGAUUGAGGAAAAAUGUCGAUUUCCCGUGGCCUGUUCCCGACACUCCCAUGUUCUUCUAUCAAAACUUGGGUCAGGAGGAAAUUUCGAGUAGUGGAACGUCGUUUUUGAACAGAACGGAAGCAUCCAACGUCGAGAAGAUCGUUACAAAAUUUUUCAAAUCUGGCAUUGUUCCCAACCAGAUAGGUGUUGUCACCCCGUACGAAGGUCAACGUUCGUACAUUGUCAACUAUAUGCAGUUCGACGGCUCCUUGAAAAAGGAUCUGUACAAGGUGAUUGAAGUCGCCAGUGUCGACGCAUUCCAAGGCCGACAGAAGGAUUACAUCAUUCUCAGUUGUGUCAGAAGUAAUGAGCAUCAAGGUAUAGGCUUUUUGAACGAUCCUAGGCGUCUCAAUGUCGCCCUAACUCGAGCCAAGUACGGCGUUGUCAUUCUGGGAAAUCCCAAAGUGUUGAGCAAGCAUCCCCUUUGGCAUUAUUUGCUCACGCACUACAAGGAAACUAGUACGUUAGUCGAAGGCCCUCUCAGUAACUUGCAGCCCAGUAUGAUCCAGUUCAGCAAGCCCAGGCGAUCUCUCGGGAAGUCCAUGGAUCAGUUCCGCCGACAUGAAAUCAACGCGAGGGAUUAUCUAGGCAACCAAGGUGGAGGGGGACCCAUGCCUGACGGUCACUCAGGAACUCCUAGUCGCUUCGAUGCGAGUUUCUACCGCACUCAUGAUGCCCUUGGAUACAUCCCAUCUGACGUCCAAUUACUUCGCUCACAAGCAACCUAUUCUUCGGGCCUUCCAAUGUUCACCGCUACUGGACCUUUCAGUGCAAACGUCCCUCGAGGAACUAGUGCUAAACGGAGCACCUAUGGAAGUUAUGCAUCCUCUAUCAUCUCUCAGGAUGCUGGCCCAAGCGUUACGGAUAACAGCAGCGUCAUCGGCAGCACUACGGGUGGCGACCAUGCCAACAAUUUGACUUUCUCUCAAAGCGACCGUUUGAGGCGCCGAACCUCAUUUGGAUCUUCUUCCGUCGCUGGAACGGAUAUGGGUAGCAUCUCGCAAUGCGAUUAUAAAGCCCAAGACGAAUCCGGCGAUUCGGAUGACAUGAAGUCUCAGUACACGGGUACUCAGUCUGGCGUUACCGUGUUUUAG